UUAUGCUAGUCUUCCACCUCUCACUACUGCGUCUCGGUGCAAUCCACAAAAACACACUCAGCUACAGUACAACUCUGAUCUACAACUCAGCUUCCCCCUCUGCUUCAGAACAUAUACAGAAGGGAGAACGCAAGGCUUCCUAUCACUUCUCAUCACAGCCAUAAGAGGAAUGUAAUCAAGCACAGUUACAGAGCUUCGUACUGAACACAGAUCUGGCGUGUGGUGGACAUGGAGUCAGCCAGGCCUCCAUCUGUUAUUUACAUUGGGGACGGCAGGUCUUUCUCCAGGGUUGAAUUUCUUUCCUUGCUGAACACGUACAACUGCUUCUUAAGAGACAAAUCUCAUCUUCACCUCCACUAUCAUGAGAAUGCUGGAGAGGUGACGGUGGAGGGCUUCCUGGUGAUCUCCUGGGGCGUGAAGAGGCCCAUCCGCCUGAUGAUCCAGGACGAGAGACAGACGCUCCCGUGUGAGAGUCCAACUCUGGAGAGUCCCGAGCCCAUCAGCCCCCCUGGAGGCAAGAGGGGCAUGACACGCUGGGGAGAGUUUGACGAUCUCCUCCGCAUCGAUGAACUGGAGGAGAAGAAGCCCAACAUUUUAGAGGACCACCCCGUCCUCACACGAACAGCCAGCGGCUAUGAGAGCAGCACCCUGAGGGCGCCCCGCCCCAAGCCCAUGACGGAGGAGAGCUCCGUCCUGUUCCGUACCUUCAGCGACGCCUCGCUGGUCAAGAAGAGAGUGAAGAGCAAGGCGGCGGCCGAGAGACAGCGCGCGCGACAGCACCGCUUCUCCAUCAACGGACACUUCUACAACUACAAGACGUCCAUCUUCACUCCCACCUACGGCACCACCACCAACGUGCGCAUCGACAGUCGGAUGAAGACUCAGGAGGUCAUCAGUCAACUCCUGCAGAAAUUUAAGAUAGAAAAUCCCCCCAAUGAAUUUGCCCUCUACUGCAUACACCAAAGUGGCGAGCGGAGGAAGCUGGGCUCCGCUGACCUGCCCCUGCUGGAGCGGGUGCUGCAGGGUCCCUCAGAGUGCAUUAUGCGGGUCUUCCUGAUGGACACUGACGAGCAGGAGGUCAGCAAUGAUGUUGCACAGUAUCUAAACCUGGAGCUGCCCAUCCUGGAGAGGGUUCUCUGGACGUUACAAGAGGAAGAGAAUCGACAAGUACAAAGGGUCAUCUCAAAGUACCGACAGCAACACCACCUUUUGACUCACUUUCUGACCUCAAAGCUGGCACCCAAGACAGAGACCACAGUGUGACGGGCAGCUGCCCAGGACUGGCAGGCCCGUCUGUGUGCCCGGUGUCGGUGCCUGGCGUGGGUGCAUGCGGCACAGUAAAAAAAACCUCACUCUGAACUCUCCACUGGUUGGAAACUGAGACUGUGGCACAGGCAUUUGUUGAGAAAAUAAUGUUUAUAGGAUUUUUAUGGGUGUGUAUUACUGUUGUAUAUGACUCAGUUAUAAUAUGAUUCAUGUGAAUAAAUAACUAAGUUUCAUUUAACUAUAAA